GAAAGAGAACGACAUGUCCGAUCAAGUCGGAAAUGCCAUGGCUAUAACCUCUUUCUGGCGGCCAAAGGCAGAGCAUAUUGGAUUCGUUACGGCGGGCGAACAACGGCGAAGUUAACAACCGUAAAAAGCGCAAAUACGACACAGAGAGUUGCGUUGCGGCCAGUCAGCGGAAGCUUAACAUCCGGAUAAUAUUGCCAGGCAGCUCAGUUGUUGUUGUUCUGCUGCCUCGCCUGCUUCUGCCGCUUCUUCCUCUUCUCCUGCUUCUUCUUCGACGUCUUCGGUUCGUGGCAAAGCCUGUUGCUCAAGCCUCUCUCCAUCUCCUUCUGCCUCUCCUCCUUCCCGUGCCGUCCCAUCUCCUCCGCCGCUGCCGCCGCCUCCGUCCGCUCUUUCCACGAUUCUCUCUCGGCACCGCACCGCCAAAAGGCACGUAAACUGGUUGUUGCUGUGCUGUGCUGGUUGGCCGUACACUUCGUGGUGCCCGUACUUUUCGUGUCGUAUUCUCAGUGCUGCCUGAGCACUUGAGCUGCGCGAGUCGCUUGCCGGGGAUAAGUCGGAAUCUGGAAACUGCAACUGGGACUGGAAGUGGAAGUGGCACUGGAAUUGGAAUUGGUACUGGAACUGGCUAUCGGAAAUUGGCCCCUCGAUCGGAUCUGGACAUGGAGCUGGCCUACAAUGCGUCAUCGUCGGCGGCCUCCGACGCUGCCUCUGCCGCCGCCUCUGCCACCGCCUCCGCCGCCUCCUUCGCGUUCACCAAUACCGCCAAGCUGCCCAUCGAAACGGUGAAGCGCCUGAUCGCCGCCGUCUCACGACGUCCCAUGCUGUGGCUGCGCAACAACGCCAAUGGCCAGAAGCGCAGCGACAUUACGCCCGUCUGGUUCGAGGUGGGUCAAGAUGUCAAUCUGCCAGCCGACAUCUGCCGCAUCAAGUGGGGCCACCUGAGGGACAACUUUCGCAAGGUGUACAUCCGCAAUAACCUGUCCAAUGAGACGCCCUCCUCGUGGCGCUUCUACAACGACAUGCGGUUCAUGGAGCCGGCCGUUCACGAGAACAUCAUGCGGCAGACGCGGACCGGCAGCAAAAAGCACCCGCCGGGCCACUGGACGGAGAACAACAAUGUGCUGGGGCCGGACAAGUAUGACUCCAUGCCCAUUGUGGCCACGGAGCCCAUUUGCGAGCUGAGCCACAGCUACGACUCGGAGCUGCAUCAGCCCAGCUUCUCGGACAUCAGCUCCUUCUUCGAGGAUCGCGACUGCCAGCCGCCGGACAGCAAGCGCUUCAAGCUGGAGCCGCACCAGCGGGAGGACGACGAGGUGGUGGCGGAGGAGGAUGACGAUGACUUUGACGAGGAUGCCGCCUCGGAGAACUUGGAGGAGGAUCGAGGCCAUCGGACAGAGGCUGCCAAUUCCGGGGUGUUCACCAUAGAGGUGCUGGACGACGACGAGGAAAUGGAGCAGGCUGUGACCAACAAGGCCAAGGCGAACCACAACAGCAGCCAAAGCUCCAGCCUCAAGAGCGAGCCGGAGGCCAAGGUGUUCUCCACCUCGCAGUCUCCCUCCUCCGAUCUGCCCUUCAAGUUCAUCAGCACGGAUGCGGCCACCAACACGGAUCCCACGGGUGGCGACCUGCAGGACGAGGCGGAUCGCAUGUUCCUGCUCAGUCUGAUGCCCUUCCUGCAGAGGUUGGACAACCGUCGGCGGCUGCGCGUGCGCCAGAAGCUGCAGAACGUGCUCAUCGAGGAGCUUGAGUUCGGCUGACCAGGCGGAUCUGCAGUACUUCCGGGCGAGACGUACUUUAUAAGCCUAGCUUACAGUAUUAUAAGAACGCGACUGACUAACUCCGAGGAUCUGCCUACAUACGUAGCAUGUAAUCAGUAUUCCGGCCUGCCUUCCCUUAUGAAAACACACUUCCAUACAUACCAUUUUACAUUACAAAUUGUAAUUUACAACCAUACACUUGUACGCUCUGAAUAGACCAUCGUGCCAGCCUAA